UGUGCCGGUGGGGGCGCACGCGCAGAUGGCAGCAACCCCCUCCCCCAUGCUCUGGUCAGUGGCUGGAAGGCGGUGGGCGGGGCGGAGUGUUUCCGGCGCGAAGCUGUGACGCGCUCAAUCGGCGCCGGGGCCUCUCCGGCGGUCGGUCGGUGGUGGGAGAUGGCGGAGUAUCUGGCCUCCAUCUUCGGCACAGAGAAGGACAAAGUCAACUGUUCAUUUUAUUUCAAAAUUGGAGCUUGCCGUCAUGGGGACAGAUGUUCUCGAUUGCACAAUAAACCAACAUUUAGCCAGACAACUUGAUUUUAAGAAGAACGGUACAAAUACCAUCUUGAUUCAAAACAUCUAUCGUAAUCCCCAAAACAGUGCACAGACGGCUGACGGCUCACACUGUGCUGUGAGCGAUGUUGAAAUGCAGGAACAUUAUGAUGAAUUCUUUGAGGAGGUCUUCACGGAAAUGGAAGAAAAGUAUGGUGAAGUUGAGGAGAUGAACGUUUGUGAUAACCUUGGAGAUCAUCUAGUUGGAAAUGUAUAUGUAAAGUUUCGUCGUGAAGAAGAUGCAGAAAAGGCUGUGAUUGAUCUGAACAAUCGCUGGUUUAACGGUCAGCCAAUUCAUGCUGAGCUUUCACCUGUGACUGACUUCAGAGAAGCUUGUUGCCGUCAGUAUGAAAUGGGAGAGUGUACGCGAGGAGGUUUCUGUAACUUUAUGCAUUUGAAGCCCAUUUCCCGAGAAUUACGACGUGAAUUAUAUGGACGUCGUCGUAAGAAGCAUAGAUCCAGGUCAAGGUCCCGUGAACGUCGUUCUAGAUCCAGAGAUCGUGGUCGUGGAGGUGGUGGUGGUGGAGGUGGAGGAGGAGGCGGCGGUGGAGGAGGAGGAGGAGGAGGAGGACGGGAACGUGAUAGGAGGCGGUCAAGAGAUCGUGAAAGAUCUGGUCGAUUCUGAGCCAUGCCAUUUUUACUAUUGUGUCUGGUAGAAAGUGUUGUAGUCAAUUGACCAAACAAGUUCCUAAUGAGAUUUUUUUUAAAAAAGAUGGGCUUCUGAAUAAAAAUUUGUAGUGAUACAGUAUUCUUUGUGUAACUUGUUUCUUGUGGGGGAAGUCUUUUUUUAACUGUCAUUCCUCUUUCUUGACAAAUAGCUGGAUUAACUAUGCUUGCGGUAAAGGUGGCAAAUGUAUAGGAGGUGCAAGUUUUUACAUUCAGGUGUGAAUUAACUGUUAAGGAAAAUGUGCAUGCCUGUGUAUAUAAUAUAAAAUAGUAUAUUAUAUACAUGGAUAAAGUGCUAUAUUGCUUAAGAGACAGUUACAAUUUAAGUUUCCCUUUUCUGCUAUUCUGUCUGCUUAUUUAGGUUAGUUUAGGCACAUUUAAAGGAAGGCUGUGCAAAGUGCAUUUAUUUACUCAGUAGAAAUGCUAAGUUGCAAAAAUAUGUAUGUUAAUAGAAGUCUGUGCACUGUGACUGUGGCAUUUACAAUAAAUCCAAUUCAUUGGUGUAAAAUCUAAAGCCUAUUCUCUAAGCCCUCGAGUAGUUGAGUUGCUACUCCUGGCUAUGCCAGAAUUCAUAGUUAAAGGGUUUUGGUUUUUUUUAUUCUUCACACACACACCUACCUGCCUCAGGUGAUUCCUUAGAAGGACAGUGUAUCUAGUGCAGUAUUCAGGCUAAAGUUAUGAAUGCAGUAUCUUAGAACAGAACAUCAAGUUAUCAUGCAAAAGCUCAUGCUCCAUACAGCAGGAUGAGUUCUGUAUAAAAAAUAUCUGAGUAUCAGAUCCACCUUCAUGGAAGGUUUUUUACUUGAAGUUCCAUUGGCUGUCCUGUAACUGAAAGCAUAUCAGUAUUCAGGAUAAGGAGUAAGUUGGGCGCUAGUGAAAAGUACACUGUACCUUCUCCAUCUGUUGCUCACAUCUACUGUCAGUUAAAAGCAUCUUUUCCUACAUAAAGCACUUGCAUAGCAAAGCUAAUGGACAAGAGCAUUUUAUUACAUUCUUAAGUUAAGAUAUUUUUAGGCUUACGCUGUCUACAUUCUUCAUUGCAGCUGUGAAUCAUAGCUGUACUUCAUAAAGCAAAAUACAUUUUAUGGGAUUCAGUGCCUCUUCUAGCUCUAAAGCCUCUAACUGAUGAGUUGCUGGAACAUCUUAAGUGCUAUAUAACUUGUACAGUAGCUGACUUUAGAAGAUGUAUAAUCAGACUUGGAUCCCGGUCUGCUUAUCAGUUCAUGAAAUAGCAUAAUGGGUUGCAGAAAGUAUCCACCAGUUAUAACUUUAUGUACAUCAGGAAUUAUUUAUCUUCAGAAAGGGAGGAAUUUACUAAUGCUACUAGUGUUUUCAAAACCUUGUAUUAAUGCAAACUUGCCUAAAAGUGAUUGAAGAAUAGCUCUAUCUAAAUGCAGUGGAUAUAGACAUUUUGUGGGCCAGGCUAAUAACUAACUUUCAGUUUUUAUUUUUUAUCCCCAAAAGAUAAACAUAAGAAAAGACCGCACUUGCUGGCACUUGGAAGUGGCAAAUAGUGAUUUACUACUAGGGAAUACUGAAGGAGGGAAGCAGAAAAUCUUACACAUCUUACUUCUUUAAGGUGAACUUUUGGGCCAAAAUAAAAAUUAAGUUAUUCCCAGAUUUGUGCAGAAUGCCUUCGCUAACCAGGUUAGGGGGAAAUCGGCACAUACAGAAACUUGGUUUUAAAGGCUAAUGGCAAAGCAAAAGAAGCUUUUCUCUUACUGUACCAUUAUGAUGUGUAAAGAUGGCUUUGAUCUAUGUUUCAGUACACUAGAAAUCGGGUUCUGGCUUCCUGUCACCUCAAGGACUUCAACAAUGUUUCGAGGACCUUGGGUGUCAAUACCACAAUGAGCUGAAACCUGGGGGUAGCCCUGCCACCAAUUGAGAGGUUGAGAUUGUUAACUUAGCCCUCUAAUUCACCUCAAUGUACAUGUUAAGAUUUACCCAUUUUCUCUUCAGUGACAUUCUGUGUUACUUAAUACCCCUUUCUAGUUAGAUUGCAAAAUCCAGCAAGAUAGAGACAGUAUUCAUGUGCAUUUAGGCAAUGUCUACAAAUAAAUCAGGGAUUAUUUUCUUACGUUUUGUGUGGCAAACAGCAUGUGUAAGACCUUGUCUACACCACAGAGUCCUGAUGCUAACUAGCUAAACUGAUAUAAACCAGUGUCUACACAGUUAUUUGUACCAGUUUAUUUAAAUAAUUUUAGCCUGGUACAGCUUUUGUUUGUAAACAAGACCUAAACUAGUACACAUCAUAAGUGAAUUGCAAAGAGCACAAUUUCUUGUGCUUUGCUUUAUUUUACUUCAAAAUUUUUCUCCCUCUCAUUGGAAUCCACUGAAUGCAUCAUUUUGUGGCCUUGUGAAUUAAUAAUAUAACUCAAAUAUGCAUUCAGGGACAUUGAUAGCAAGCCAGGGGAUGUCAUUGAAUUUCACAAGGAAGAAAAGCUUACAGUUUGUACAUUUCCACAACCUGACUAGUGAGAGCAUAGACCACAAAUCUAUCACAAACUCAGUUGUCAUUGUAGCCUCACCUGUAAUACUGCAUACUACACUAGUGAAAUUGUUCAAUGUGAACUUUUAAAAGGAUUUGGCACAAAUGUCACUUCCACAAAGCCAUUUAAAACUGCUAUUUAAGCUUAUUAAUGGAAAUGGAGAAACUUCACUUUAUUAUUCUAAGCCCCCUCUCCCCAUAUACAAAGUGUAGAACAAGGAAAAAAUUUUGAAAGGUACCUACUGAUGACCAUUUACAAAUGUCAAGAUUUCUUAUGUUGGAAAAACAUCACUUUUAGCUCAUGGAAUUUCUUAAUCUCAAGUAAAUGACAGCAUAUGGUACCUUUUGAUGUCUGGAUAUGUUUAAUUUUAAAUAAACUCAUAAUUCCAAGUGACUUCCUCUUAUUUGUAUUAGUCUCAAAUCUGAUUCCUCUGUAAAAUGCUUCUUGUCCAUGAAUAUGAUGUAUGUUAAGACUGUAAAACCAAAUGGAGAACUUGUUCAAAAUAAAGCUUUUUUGAUACAUAA